AUGGUUUACGAUUGGGAACCCCACAAAGAUGUCUGCUAUCAACUCUACAUCCAAGAGCGCAAGUCGCUCGAGGAAAUCAUGCAACACAUGCGGGAUAAUCAAAAUUUCACUCCGUCAAAACGCGCUUUUCAAACCCAGUUCAAGCGGUGGGAUUUCCCUUCCAAGCGAAAACCUGCCUUUCGAGAUGAAGACCUGGUUGAUCGCGUAAAAGAGCUUUGGGAAAACAAUCUCUCUCAACGAAAUAUGCUUGCGGUAUUACACUCUGAGGGUCAUGACAUCAAGGAGCGCGAACUCAUGAGACUUCGAGCCAAGAAUCGGUGGUUAAUGCGGAUACCCAACGGAACAAAACCCACUCCAGCCGAAGAAGAAGAGGCAAAUUUCGAAGCUCAGUUACUCGAAGCAACCCGAGCUGAGGAUACUCUGGAGGGCGACCUCGAGGGUGGUCUCGAGACCGCUCCCACUGCACCAAACACAUCAGCUCCAGUCGUGGAUGAUCCUCCCCCAGAAUUUGUUGAACGACAGAAGGAUCGCCUUGCGCGACUUCAAGUAAUCAGUGACGAGAGAUGGGCUGCCAAGAAGCGUAGACGCCGAACCAAAGGCUAUGCUGGUCUUCCUGCUGAUCCCGAAGGACUUGCCCCUCGUUUCCCAUCGGAGACCACACUUGAGGAAAGUCGCGGGAUCCUAUCCUUGGACACAAAACAGUAUCGUGCAGUUCGUGAUCAAUUUCAGGCAAUUUGUGAGGAGGAGUCUAUUCUACAAAAGACGGUUGCUGGUGCCGAGAAAUGGCAGGCCGCCAAAGAUCGUCUGGUUCGCGAGAAUACACUUCUUCAAGCUGUCCUCUGGACAGACAACACCAAUAUGCAAGGGAAGGAACUUGCACUUGACGUGAUCUGCACCGAUGUGACCAAGCGUAUCCGAACCAUGGGACGCCGACUGACCAUUCUUGAGUCGAAGAAUGUCCUCGGUAUCAAUCCAGAACAGAGCCGUCAGAUCCGCGCUGGUUUUUACGACAUUCUCAAUUCUGAACAUUAUACUAGCAAGCUUGAAAUGGGUCCAGAGAUGUGGAAGACUCUCAAAGAUCGUUGGAUCAACCAAACACCACUACUCGAACAAAUUUUGGCUUCAGGAGCUGAUGACCCUGAGCAUGAGAAGAAGAAAGCUGCAUUGGAGCUUUUGUGUCGUGAUGUUAUGAAACGUGUCAGAGAUGAUCGUGCAAAGAAAAAGGGUACCUUCCGAAAACCCCCAACACAAACAUCAACACGAGCUGCACCAGUCCCAGUGUCUGUGGAACAGCCUAUUGUCUCGACACCAUACGCACCUUCAUUACCUGCCAACCCAUUCAGCGAGCUACCAGCUGCAAUGACAAACAAUGAUUUGUCUGAACUUCAGAUCGAUCCAAAUCUGCUCCAGGCUGCAGACAACCUCGUGGAACCUCCAGAGUCGACCAUGACUGCGGUAUACAUUCGACCACAUCCGAAGUCAAAUAUCUACAACAACACCAAGAUGUGGUUGGGAUCCUUAUCGGGUCGUACUGUCCAGGAGCUGCAUGCUUUACUUGCGUCGAAAUAUCCUGAUGCAAAGCCAGCACGUAUUGAUGGAAGUGAGAAGGACUCGACAGGUCAUGAGAUUUCUUAUUUGAUUGAAGAGGACGAAGAGCUUGAUGCAUAUCUGGAUCACGUCAAGGGUCGUAAGGCCACUUUUAUUGUUCUAUUGACAUCAAAGAACUAA